AUUGUUGUUGGCAUUUAAAGGCCACACAGCUGAUAUACUGGUCCGGCGAUUUGACCGACGAACCAGGAACCACAUACUCAUACUUCGACCCGAUAUUGCGAUGAAAUCAAAUGACGUCACAAAGAUUCGAUGCAUCAUAACAUGGUAACCAAUGAGAGCACAGAAAGGCGGUCAUAUGGUAUUACGUGUCUCGUAAUUAACAUAAUAGAUCAACACACAGUAUACACACAGAACGAGCACAGGGAGGAAGAAACUGAGGCAAAUCCCGACCCAAAUCAACCGAAUUUUCUCUUAAUUGCUGCAUUCAAGAACAAGUUCGGAACAAGUGAAUGAAACAGAUGAAUGAAUCAUUGUCUUCACAAGAAAUGUGUUUUUGAGUGGAUCUUUCAUUUACAAGAAGCCCAGUUUCCAACAAAUUGAUUGUUAAUGACAAGCAAAAUAUAGUCUUGACUCCGGAGUGCAUCGUGUACAUGUACCUGUGCAGUAACCCAAGAAAGGGUCAAUUGCAUUUUGUCUCCAGGGAUUUUUAACUAGACAGAUACGGUUAUGAUGGAUAGUAGCAAUGGUAGUAAAGAGAUGCAGGCGAAUCUCUGCCGGAACGGAUGUGGCUUCUACGGAAGCGCUGCAACAGAGGGAAUGUGCUCUAAAUGUCAUAAGGAUUAUAUGAGGAAAAAACAGAAUUCACCUGUCCAACCUCUUGUGUCUAGUAAUACAACAAGUGCAAACUCAUCGACACAAACACCAAGCACCAUAGCACCGGAAGCCUCUCUCGCCACUGCGACAACUACCACCACCGCUACAACGGUCACUUCCAUCGCCCCUGCAAACGAACGGGUAGAGGCACCAGAAGAAGAGGAGUGCAGCUCACCGACAAAGUCCGACUCGCAACCCCAGGGAGGCGCCUCACCGUCAGUAUCAGACUCGCAAGAUUCAAGUGAUGGAAAUGAGAAGGGCAAGAAAAAGAGAAAUAGAUGUCACACAUGCCGUAAAAAGGUUGGCCUUACAGGUUUCGAGUGUCGAUGUGGAGGCCUCUACUGCAGUAUACACCGCUACUCAGACAAACACAAUUGUUCAUUUGACUACCGCUCACAUGGCCAAGAGGAAAUUAGGAAAAAUAAUCCAGUAGUAGUUGGAGAAAAAAUCCAGAAGCUGUAGCGGUCAAGAGUCAUUUUAUCAUAGAUAUUUUAUUCAUGUAUUUGAUGGGUGUACCUGUUGCUGGUAGUUUGUGUGGGAGGGUAUUAUUAUAUUUGCCACAACGCAAACAUUGAUCAUUUGUUAUACUUGUAUGUGUGUACAUUUGUUGUUGAUUUUUUUAAUCAUGGUCCCGCGUUUUUUUAAUAGGGACUGCAUGGUAGGCUUUACAUUGGGUAUAUAUAUACAUUUGAAAAUGCUUUCAAGAGUUACUACUACUACUAGUCAAUCUUCCAACGUGGUGUUUAAAGCUGUAUUGAUAAACCAAAAUAUAGACAGAUUUGGGUCAUAUCUGCUUGGACAUUUGAAGGCAUCGAUUAAAGCCUCCAACAUGUAGCUUUGAUAUUUAUCCACUGUAGUGCCACGAGAAGCUAGCGUGACUUCUGUUACUGUAGUAUGGACAAACUGAUUUUUUUCAUAUCUCUUUACCUGUAAUUUUUUUUAAGUCAAGUGUCAUGACUACCAUCAGGUGCUGCUAUAUUAAAUUCUGAACAAUAUAGACAAGAUACUAUACAAAGGUGCAUAAGCAUAUAUUGUAUGGUCCUUCUCUGCAUUUAUGUGUUAGACUUGAGCAUUUUAUAAUUGGAGUGCUUUCUUUAAGUUAUGCCUGUUCAGUUUAAUUAAAAUUGUAUUUUCACAUAUACAGUGCAACUGUAAAUCAUAUCUAAUUCAAAUUUCCACUAAAUUACUUUAUAUAUGCAUUUUAAAAUACAUGUAUAUUAGUUUAAUUGCCUUGUUUCACCAAAUGUACUCCAGCUUUUCAAGCAUAAAAGGAGUUUUUGCUCUUUUUUUUUUUUUGGGGGGGGGGAUUUUAAAAUUGUAUUAUGCUCAAAUCUAAAUUAGUGUCCAAUCCGAUCAUGUAUGGUGUGAUUCAGAUUCAAUAUCUAGUUUUUAUAGAUGAUUUGGGAAACCGCAUUAUUCAAAGCAAGGUUUAGGACAUUUCAUAAUGAUUAAGAACAUCAGGAAUUUGAAGUGUUUUUGCCUUUAUAUUUAAAGCAUUUUUAUUUGAAUUAGCAUUUUAUCGAAACAUAUUAUUAUAGGGCUAACAUGAGUGAUGUGGAGGUAGUACUGAGCUUAUUACAUGCACAUAAUGGCUCUCCUUUUUUAAAUGAUAAAACAGAGAAUGCAAAAAUAGUUUCAUAAGGAGACUGCUUUGUAUUAUUGGUAAGUUAUUGUACUUGAUAUAUAAUAUUCAUAUCAUAAUUGUUGGAAGAAAUCAUUUUGUUUUUGUAAUUGUGCUUAAUUAAGGAAGUUAAUUUUUGUGAGCUGUUAGGAAUUCAAAAAAUCCCUGCUCCUGAUUUUGGAAUCAUCAUUAUGUUCCUUUAAAAAAUAUGAAAUAUUUCUUUUAUACCGUGAUUGGCCCCCUCCGUAUUAAUAUUCUGAGGGCUAUUUAAUUGUAUUAAUUAUACUGCAGCGUGUUCUUAAAGCGAAGGCAAAUGACAUGUAUGACAAGAAUGCCAUGAUUUUAUUUUAUGUUCCAAUCCUGGAACUGUAUAAACUCUCAUAUUAUUCAUGUUAUCAUUGAUACACAAAAGAAAGUAAGAAAAGUCAUAAAUUAAUCAAAUAUACAUGUAGUAUUGAUUUGAGUAUGAAUAUCCCUUGCCCUCAGUUAAUAUAUUUUUUCCCUAUACUCGCAGCUCCCCCAUUGCCCCUUCCCUGUGAUGUCUCUCUUUAUCUUUGUUCAAUUUUAAACCCUUUACUAUCGAUAAAGUUUUAGUGCCCACUCUCUGCAAUGUUACCAUUAUAAAAAUUAAAAAAAAACUUUCAGAAAACUAUGUACGAACAUUUAAUUUAAGAAAUGCUGUCCCGUUUUUAUUGAGAAGUGGUUUAAUAACAAAAAAGAAAAAUUGAGAAAUUCUCGGGGAACUAUCCUUAAUUACUUCAGGCAUUUUCAUUGUCAAUUUUACCCAUAUAUGACAUUUUGCACCACACAUUUCAUACAACUUGCGAUUAUUUUUUAAUUUCAUGUGAUUCAAAUUCAAAUUUUGACAAUUCAAUCACCUUUUAGCAAAACUUUAUUUGGGCUUUAGGCUUUCCCUAAAACUUGCUGUUUAUUCCUUCUACAGAGGUCUAACCUAUGAAUGUUAAGUUAUUUAGACUAAUGAAAAUGAAAAGAUUUCUUAGAAUGCUAAGGAUUGAGUGUGGUUGAGUAUAUACUAUUGUGAAUGCCAAAUAUUACUCUGUGUAAUGCUCUCUUACCCCCCCUCCAGCUUCAUAUAUGCUAAUUGCAAAAUAAGGUGUACACCUUAUAAACAAUAGGUUAGCCUCUUUAUCAAGUAUAUGUGCUUUCCUUUAUUUGGUAGCCACUUGAAACCCUCAACUUAGUUUAAGAAAUGAAAUAUAACCAGUUACUGAAAGCAUAAUGUAGAUUUCUUCUUUAUCUUAUUGUUAAAUUCUGAUAUUUCCCUUCUUGCAUUUUAGUCAUUUUGAUAAUAAGAUAUUUUAAGCUUGAAAAGGGCACAGGAAAUUUGCUUAAAUAUACAACUAAUUAUAAUAAGGAAAGGCAAGAAAUACCCCCAACGUUCUAAAAAUUUCGUGCUGAAUAUUUUUUUUCAAAAAUCAUUUGGUCACCAAUAUAUAUUUAUACAGUAUAUGUAUUCUCACUUUUACUUAUAUUCGAUACUCGAUAUAUUCUUCAUUUCUUCUCAAAAGAAAUAGUUCAAACAAUGUAGCAAUUAGGUGAAAAAGAAAAAUCACAAACACCAGGUCCCUAUUAGGAGGGUUUAGAUUUUUAAUACAACAUUUAUGACAUGGAAUCUUGCGAAAAUAUAGAUCCAGCAGAUAUUGUGUGGCACCUCACUAAAUUACCCUUUAAUAGAAUCUUUGUUAAGAAAUGCCUAACAGAUCUGUUUAUUCUGAUUUUCCUCUUUUCUGAAGUGUUUGAAGCAUUAGAGUUACAUGUACAUGCAGUGUGUUAUCCAAGCCGCAUAGAUUCAGGUAUUUUUACAAAGAUUGAAAUGAAGAGUAAUGAUUAUAGAAAAAUGGGAUUGCUCAAUUUAGUACUAUCUAUUAUACUCGCAAAGAAAAACUUCACUUAUUGCUUCACAGAAUAGCGUCAUGUUUUAGAUACAUUUACGUUACGCGAUUGUCAGAUUUCUAAAAAUGUUUUAUCUGUUUAGUGUAAUCUCACUUUUUCAUUAAGUACAGUAUUCUUUUCCUUUAUAUUAGGAUCUAUCAUCUAGCCAGAACGUACAUGUACAUGCCCAAAUCAUCAUUAGGACUAUUCUUGGUCAUGUAUGUGAUUGAAAUUAUGACAAAUCUUGAUUUUAAUUAGUUAUGAAUUAUUGUAUUUAGAGAUCUAGUUAUUCAAAGGUUAUAUAACAUUAACAUGUUUAGUCAGCAAUCAUUUAUAAUUAUUUUUUGCUGUUUCCAAUAUGCAGGUUCAAGGUCAGAGGUCAAAAGAAGUGGGUCUCGUGUGUGACUUCACACAGAAGCAUGACUUUGAAAGUUUAAUUUCAAAAUGAAAUUAAACUUUCAAAAUCAUAAUUAGUUAUAAAUCUCUAGAAUUUUUAGAGUUAUAUCUAAUUAAAGUCAAGAUUUUUCAUAAUUUCGGCCACACACAUGACCAAGAUUGGCCCAUUAAAUAAUUGCCAAGCAUGUACUCAAAGAAAUUUGGCAUUGUAUCACCCAUUGCAGUCGCAAGCCGAAACAAAACAAAAAAAUAUCACAAGAAGGCACUCCCAAAGUAAUAUGUAAUGCAUGCAACACUUUGGUGCGCUCUGUCAUUAUUAUGCUAAUUUAUCACUUGGUCUUUUGGGAUUUCACCGCUAUACAUAGUGAAUUAUUUGAUGGUCAGAAUAACCAAUCUUUUUUAACCUCUCAGAGAUAACUUUGUCCACACUUUUCCAGUUUUUGUUCUGUAGAACCGAUGAACGUAAUAUGCUUAGCCCGAUGUUGAUAAGAUAGCUAAAUGUGAAAUAGCCCUUUAAGAGUACCUUAUUGAAGGAAUUAGGUGGUUCUGAGACUCUCCCACCCUAUCCAGUAAAUCAGAUCUAUGGAAAACAAAAUAUCAGCAGUUUUGAUACUCCCGCUACAGUGACACCAGUGAAACUGACUCCAAACCGAAUGAUGUUAUGUCAUUGGUGCUGGGACAUUACUUCCUCAAUGCCAAAGGGUGAAUCCACUCUGACCUCAAGUUGGUUUUGAUAACAGCAGAAAAUGAAACAUUAAUUGAUGUUUGGCGAAAAUCCUUCAAAUAACAGCAAAAUCAAUAGAUAUGGACUUUGAUUUUGUGAUGUCACAUGCAAUACGCGCCUCGCCCUGCAUCCGUAAAUUCCACGAGGAACUGUGGAUUAUCUUUAAAAAUAGAUGUUAUCUCUGCAUUCAGUAUUUAAUCAGAUGCAUUAUUUCAAUGACAACAAAUUAAUUGUAAUUAACUUUUUGAACAAUGAAUACAUUCCCAUUUAUGGAAUUGAUAAAACAUGACAUACUUGGGUUGAGGUGCGCAUAUUUAUAAAUGUAAAAAAAAUGUAACUUUUUAAAAUGGAUUUUUACAAAAUGUAUAAUUGAUGUUUUAUUUUCUCUGCUUUAAUGAAACCACCUUGAUGUCAGAGUAGUCUUUCCCUUUCAGACCCUUAAUAUACUAUCUUUCUCUUCAUGUCAUUGAUGAAGAAAUUAAUCUUCAUAUUCUCACUUUCUUAUCACUGCUAAAACUAAUGCUCCUUUAGCUUGUACUGUUUUUUAAUAAAUGCACAUAUUCCGCACCUGGGGAUUUGAAGUGCCCGCUUCUUUUUAUAUUCUCUGUUCAUGAAACGGGCCUCCGUCUCUGGGUACCUUCCCAGAUUUAUCGGCAACGUCACUUCGAAUCUUCAGGUUAUAAUUUGUGAUGAACAACUAAUUUUAAUGUUUAUGCUGGUACGUUGUAUUUUUUGAGAGCCUUCUUUUUGAUAAAUUAUGGUUUGCUAUUAUCAGAUUUUUAACGAUAUUUCUUACUGAGCCAUGUUUGUAUUUAAGUGAAUAUAUAUUAAUGUGUAAUAUUAGUUGCAAUUGCCUUAUAACAUGCAUAGGAGUUUUUUUGUUAGAAUAUGCUUUAUUGACAUACCUACGAUGAGUGAUUCUUAGAGGAAACCCCCAACAGGGUGCGACAAAUUGAAGUGAUGACCGAAAGACUUUAUCAAUUAUUGAUACUCUAAAUUGAAUGGACUUGUAUCAUUAUGGAUACUUUCUUCUACAAAACUAUUCAAAAUACCCAGACAUUGAGGCAAGUCUUGGAUUAUUUGGAGAAAAAAAAUGGUCCCAUCUUGCCUCCCAUUAAUAACAAGGCCAGUAAAGAAAGAGGACAGUCACUUGAAAACCGACUCUGGACCGAGGUAUUCUGUUAUUUUAAGUGGUAUAUCAUUGGUUGGUUCGGAGUCGGUUUUGUUGGUGCGAUUGUAGCAUCAGCGAACUCGUGCCCCCCAAAACGAACAUCUCUUUUAUUUAAUUGGACAUUACUGGUCAUUUGCACUCACUUUGCCUAUUGAAUAUGAUAAUGUUAGUACAGUGACCAUGUCGUCCUUGUCUGCAGGUAAUUCAUACGCAUACCAAAAUGAUGAUCGAAGAGGGAGUGAUAGGAUGAUGAGCUUUAAUUUGAUAUCUCUCAUCCAUCGUCAUAUCGUGUUGACAUCCAGUGAAGACAAAAAAAGAUAUUUCAAUUCAGUUUAUUACAAUGUGCAAUUAUACUUGAGCAUAUAUAUUAACAGUAGUAACGACAACAAAAAUAUGGUGUAUUCAAAACAAAAUUUUGAAAAUGUUCUUAUUGUUCAAUAGCUCUUCUAAAUCAUCUUUAAUUGGUUUCAGUCUUUUGUGUCCAGAAUUGUCGUAUCCUGCUUUAGUAAGUUGCUAUUUAUGUAAUGCAUAUGAUUAUCUUGUUUUCCUCCUAAUGAAUAAUAUAUGGCAUACAGGUUACUUGUGUGCUGUUGAAGAUUGUUGCAUGAUAUAUUACUCCUCCUUUAUAACAAAGUAUGAAUUAUUCUAGAAAGAAGCAAGUAUGGGAAUGCUUUUAUUGAUUUUCUUUUCUUCCAUCAAUGCUGUAAUGUAUGGGAUAUUAAAUUAAGUAUACUUCAUCAACUAUA